AUCUCCAGUUUCAGAUCAGAAUCAGAAACGAAGGCGAAAAUUCCGACUCAGGCCACGGACGGACGUUUAUAACUUCGUUUCAUAAUCAAUAAUUUCUCUGCUGAAAGCAGCACAACACACGAAACGAAACGGAAACAUAUCGUUUUCCAUCAGAAAGUACAGCAUUCCAAACUAUUUUCGGUAGCAAAACAAAGGGGAAAAGAGCCAAAUCAAAUGUAAAAGUUUGUCUAAACAUACAAACAUCAAUCGUGCGCGAGCCCGAGAAUAGGAAGAAGUGAACAACAUUGGGGCAGCAGCGAGUGCGAAGCUGAAACGGAAUCACAAGAUCACUAGCAGUAGAAAGUGCGUUCGGAGCUAGCGUUGGGGGUCACACAAUUAUGGACGAUACUGCCGCAUCGCCCGCAGCGGCCACAGCAGCUGGCUGUGAUGCUGCCCGUGACAAAACAAACGCUGGCGUUGCUGUUGCCGCCGCCGCAGCGGCCAGCAGCACAAGUGUGAGGCUCCUAAUUAAGUCGUCAAAUCAACAGUAUGACGACAUGAACGUCGACAGUGAUCUCUCCUGGACGGUGCAGCGUCUGAAGAAGCAACUGUCCCUGGUGUAUCCUGGCAAACCGGACAUCAACGAUCAAAAGCUCAUUUACUCUGGCAAACUGUUGGAUGAUGCCCAGAAGUUGUCGGAGGUCAUACGCAGCUACAAGGACGUCUACCAGCAGCAUCACAUCUUUCACCUGGUCUGUGCCAAUAAGCACUUUGCCAAGACCCCGGCAAUGCCCACUGCAGUGCCGAAGAACGCAGCCCCACGCCAGGAGGGCAACCUCAACGCCAGCACCAACGAGAUUCGUCAGCGUCAUGCCACAAAUCAGCAGCAGCAGCAGCCGCCGCUGCAACUGCCCCAACAGCAGGCCGGUGUCGACAGUUUCCUGCACGGGGAUGUUAAUAAUCUCGCAUUUAGAACAUGGUAUCCCCUCUGGCUACAGCAGCAACAGGCGGCCACCCAUCCCGAUCCGCAUGUGGCCUACCAGCAGCGGGUACUUCUCUACAACGCCUGGAUGAGUCAGGUCUAUGACGCAUACUUGCAGGAUCUGAUGCGGGGCGCGGAGUCACCGCCUGGGAACAGAGUUCCCCUUCUGCCGAAUAUGAUGCCGCAAUGGGAAUUGCAGGCCCAGCAGCAGAUGGCUGCGCAUGCCGCCGCAUCUGCAGCUGCGGCCCAACAGAAUCCGGCGCCUGUCGCCCAGCCGGCGGAGGCCGCGCAGCCAGCAGCUAACAGACCAAACUUCCCCCUCAUCCAGGAGGAACCCGAGAACCGGGACUGGCUCGACAGUUUCUUUAGCUUCACGCGCCUGGCCAUUUUCGUGACUGUCUUGUACUUCAAUUCGUCGCCGCUGCGUUGCCUCCUGGUGAUGUUCAUUGCCGGGGUGAUUUAUCUAUAUCAUAUUGGUGUUCUGCGACGUCGUCGUGAGCGAAACAAUAACAACAUAAAUCGCAACAAUAAUGCUGGCCAUCCUGUUGCUGCCUUCGCCGCAGUGCAACAGAUCCAACGCAUGAUGGAUGCCGUGGAGCGUGAGAACAACGAUCCACAGGCUGCAGUCGAGCCAGUGGCCGCCGGUCAGGAUGCACCCGAUGCUCCUCUCGGUGCAGCGGCUGAUGCUCCUGCUGAUCCAGCUGCUGCUCCUGCCGCCGCUGCUCCUGCAGCGCCAGUUCCAGCCAGUGCUGCUGGACCCGAACAGGCGGCUGCCGUUUCAGCCGAAGCUGCUGCAGUGGAACCACCAAAUGCCAAUAACUCUGUGAUUUCCGCUGUGCGCACCUUUGUCAUUACGUUCUUCACCUCGCUGCUGCCCGAGGCACCGGCGCUGUAGAGGAAUCUGUACUUCUACUAUAACCAUUCGCGGGCGCAUCCGCUUUCAGCCACCACACCACACACACCCCCCCAUAAUCAAAAUGUUAUAACUUCUUCCUUUCGUUUUUGACUACCUGUCAAAGUAGGUAGCAAAAGCACUUUGUUUUUCUAGCUUUAAGGAUUUAGUAUAUUUAUUUAAUGUCUGUGCGUGCGCGCUCCGUGGCUGCUGCUCGCUGCUCCUCCCUUCCUCCGUGUAGCCCUUAGACAUUAGCUAAUUAAGAGAAGAAACACUGUUUUUGAUGUGAAUACCAAUGCGAAAGGGAGAUGAUCUGCUCUGGACGACUGCCAGAGACGAAACUAUGAAUCCAAGAUGCAAUUACAAAUAAAAAUUAUGCUUUAACACUGAAA